AUGGCAGUACGGGUGCGCCUGCCGCCACCACCUCAGCCUCCCUGGUCUGAGCGUGGCACUGAAGGCCGCCCCUGCCGCCUCCCUGUCAGCCCGCCCUCAGCCUGCCGCCUCCAGAGUCUACCGCCGCCUUCCGCCGCCAUCUCCUGCACGGUUGCACUCCGCCUUCACUUGCUCCUGCACAAGCCCCCGCCGCCCGCUGAUUGGGUUGGAAGGGUUGAGAUGCUGGUAUCAGGCUCCGAGUUCCCGCCCAGCUGCAGGCCGCCGCUGACUGGCUGGCGCGCCCCAGAGCCCUCCCCGCCGCCGCGCUCCCCGCUCCGCAUUGGCUUUCCCCUCCUUGGGCGUCUGCAGAUCGCGCCCCGUGAGGCUGCACGGCCUGACAGAACUCCCCUGCGGUUCACGAACAGCGCCCCGCCGCCCUGCCUCCCGCUGCCACACAGGCCGGGACUCGCUGCCGGUGGUGCAGGGAAAGGUGUUGUGGCAGCAUUGCACGUCCAAAGAAUAGACUCUGUGUACCUGGUGACAAGUUUUCAAGUGUCUAGGAGUCUUUAG